UAUUAAUGAACUGUUGUUUGUGUAUUAGUGAGUGUGUGUAACUUGUAAACUGUGUGGAAUGUCAUUUGUGAGAUGUGGAAAGACAUUACUCUUGACGGACAAUAAAUGGCAUCAAUGUUGUACAUUGCGUGUGUUCCUCUCCACAGGGGUGGGGUUCGACAGGGAGGCUAGUGUGCGCUGCUCCCUGGUACACUCUCAGUCUGUGCUGCAGAGGAGGAGGAAGCUGAGGAGGAGGAAGACCAUCACCGGGAUCCCCAGACGAGUUCAACAGGACAUGGACUCUGAUGAGUCUCCAGUGACGAGGGAAAGGACAGUGGUGGUCCACACCAACCCUCACCUGUCCCUCUGUCAGGAGGAGCUGUCCCUCCGAGGGGGACACACCAAGGACUCCGGCUGCCAGACGGACGACUGCCUGACCGGUGGCGGUGGCGCCCCGUCCAGGAGACGUAUACGUGCCCAGCGCGGCGGCCAGGGGGGUAUCCCCGCCUCCCUCUCCCACUCCACCGGGAACAUCUCCUCGCUCCCCGACCACCCUGACACCGCCAUGUACACCGCCUCCGGCUCCCGCCUCCGCUCCCGCAGCCUCCCCCGCGAGGGCGGCCGCAUACGCGACGAGGACCAGGACGACAGUGAUGAAGAUGAGGAUGAUGAUGACGACGAUGAUGACGAAGAUGAGGAGCUCUCUCCAUACGAGACGGAGGACUUCCUCCCGGGAACGGGGCCAAGGAUGUUAAAGGACGAGGAGGAGAGUACGGAUGACCAGGCCAUGCCAGAGCUGCAGCUGGGGAGUCUGAAGAGGAUACAGCAAGGAGACGGGGGGAGUCCAGAACACAUGUGGAUGGAGAGGGGUCGCUCCCGCCUCCCCCGUCAGGUCGACAUGGGGAACUGUGAGAUCUCCUCCAGCUCAGACACCUUCAGCAGCCCCAUCCACUCUGUCUCUACUACGGGGGUGCUGAGAGGACAGAUAGACCACAAGGUACGUCUUCGUUGCCAUCUUCACUUAUCUGUGUAUCUUGUCUUCUGUCUUCUUUUGCUUGUAGCCUUUUGGAAGUCAUUUUGUUUUUGUCAGUUUGUUUUUGAUGAGCCGGCGACAGACUAGUGUCCUGUCCAGGGGGUGUACUGUACAUCAA